AUCAUGUACCCGCGCCCCCAUAUCAUAGCAACGGCUGACAGAAGUAAACACCACCUCACCUGUCUCCACCUCACCUGUCUCCUCCUCACCUGUCUCCUCCUCACCUGCGUUAAUUACAAGAUAACCUCCACGGUACACCUCGGCACAGAGAGUAUUUAAGUCACUUAUGUGCUGAGUUGAAUGGCCUUGCUAAAUACUGCUGUUGUUCCUUAAGUGAAAGUGUGGAGCUGGAGGAGUAACUUGAAGUGGGAGUCACCGUCUCUAUUACUCCACUUACUAAAAACAAAAAACUCGGCUGUUUAUACAUACAUCUGAAAGCUUACUGCAUUAUCUGGCUAUAAAACUAUGGUGUCCAAGGCUCAGGUCUCCAUAGCCUUUGUUUUUGGGCUCAUAGGUCUGCUGUCUCAGAUUGAUACAGAUCCUAAAACUUGGGAGGCUACGGAGUUUGCAACCAUUUAUGCUUCCCCUGAUCAAAUGGAAAGAUUCAUUACGAACCCCGAUUCAGUAGAAAAAUGGUUCCGAUGGGUCUCCUUCUUCAAGGCGGCAGAUAGUCGCCCCCUAGGUGUUGGUAAAAAAUACCAAGCAAUCUACAAUGUUCCAGUGUUUGGAGAAUAUGUAAAUCUGUUUAAACUAGUUGAAUACAAGCCCAACAAGUUGGUAGCAGUAGAAUCAAGUUCUUUUCUGAAGCCUCGUUUCACCGUUAAAAUGGAAGAGGGUGGUCCUAAGACAACUCGCCUCACUUUGAAGUUGAAGUAUAGGCGGUCAUCAGCACUCUUCCAGUGGACAUUGGGGCCGGUUUUAUGGCUAGUAACAAGCCAACAACUCCAGCACUCCUUGUUUAUGUUAAGAAUGAUGUUCCCCUUCUGACGUUUGGAGGACCCACCCCACAGCCCCGUAAUAGCCGUUAUUCAGUUAUCUUCUUCUGUGUGAACCAGAGGAGUCUAAACUAAAUUCUCACUGCAUCUAUAAAACUUCUCUUCUCCCAUUGAUUUUUUUGUUCCAGGGUAUUUUUUCAGUCUUGGUUGUGUGCUGUUCUUGAUUGUAAUUUGUUUCUAAUGUUUGCAUCCUAAGUGCCUAUUUGCUUUUGGGAACUUUUUAUAGUCAAUGAAUUUUAUCUGUUUCAAGGACAAUGUUUAGCAAAUUUUAUAAGUCAUUCAUGAUUUAGAUGUGAAAGAGUUUCUACUUGAAUGAUACAACCUUUGUAUUUGCCAGUAAGUAAUCUUCCUUUGGCAAUUAGGAAGUCCAGAUGGUUUAUAGUUGGGAUGAUUAUAUUUUGGAACCUUUAUGUGUUUGUAAAGAAGACAUUAAUAGUGUGUCUGGGGACCUAAAAGUCAGUGUCAUGCUAACUUUGAAGACCGGAACUUGUACAGAAUUUGAUUGUGUUGUAUGGAUGUGUCUACUCUUCUCACCUGAAGUUUUUUGGUGUAUGUUCGAGUUCAAAGGCUUAAAGUUGGCAAAACAUUGGUUUUAAGGGUCAUAAAAACAUAAGACACCUCUACAUACAUGAAUUCUAAAAAUAACAUUGUCUAAACUUUGAAUCUCUGGUAUGAAGCCAAAAGGUAAAAUAAUGCAGUUGCAAAUGAAACCACUUUUCUUCAUAUUAAAUCUUAAUAUUAGAAAAAAAAUAUAAAAAAGAACUUCUUUAUUCUUACCUGUCUUUAGCAUGUCCUCCCUCUCUUCAGGAAGAUUACACUACCUGAAAAAUUCCUAUGGACUGCUUAUGCUCACAGUUUGACAUGGUACUAAAGAGGGUCACUUCUGAUUUAGGGUAUUUAUGUAAAAUUGUGGUACAGUACAGACCGAGGUUAAUUGGAUAUCAUGAUCUCUAUUAGUCAUAUGGACCAAGAUAAGUGUCAAUGUUUUUUGGUGACUCCUCAUACUCUCCUUUCCUCUCUGUCUGUGAUGGAUAUAUUUUGCUGUGGGUAGAGGAAUUAGUUAUUUAUAAUGAUCCUUAAACUUAAGGUUUUUGUGUGUGUUAUAUAGAUAAGAUUGUAGACCUUCAACAGAGGAUGAGAUUUAUAUUUUAAUAUAAUACUACAAGGCAAAAUCAUGUAAAACCAAACUUUGGACAGAGUAUCCAUAAUAUAAUGUAAAUAUGUUACAGUACUUUACUUCAAAUAUUUAAAAAACAAUUGGUAGAUUUUUAGUAAGGAGGUAUGACCGUAUACAGUAGCAUGUCACUUUAUCAGAUGAAUUAGUGAAAAGGAUUGUCCUAAAUGGAGGAAAUUCUAUUGUAAGGAAGGUUAUAGAGCUGUACACUUCAUCUCCCCCCCCCCCAUACAGUAUAG